GGGACCUGAUCCUACUUAAUUUCCCGAACCUAAUUUACUCGUCGCCUUUUCUUCCUUUUCGCACACCAGAUCUUCGAACACAUAGACCGCGAAUUAGACGACGGCUCGUUGUUUUAACUAUAAUGAAGUUGACAAACGUGAUCCUCGGCGCGGCCGCAUUAACGCACGGCAUCAAUGCCGUCGCCGUCCCAGAAGCCGAGGCUGUUGCGCUAGAUACCCGGACACCUCAGCCAGAAUCCGAGACGCAUUUCGAGCGCUCAAGCAACGAAGAGCUAUGGAAGCGUAAGGGUGGUGGUGGUGGCGGCGGUCGUGGAGGUGGUAGCGGUGGAGGCCGAGGAAGUGGAAGCGGUCGCGGCGGCGGCGGUGGUGCUGGUGGCCGUGGCCUCGGCUCGUCCACCAGCAACGUAGGUGGCCGCACAACGACUGGCAGCGGGCCAACCCCGGCAUACGGCGGCGGAGCAUACUACGGUGGCGGCGCAACUGUACCCUACAAAGCCGGAAACUCAGCAGGCAGAAUUGCGCCUGCUCUUCUCACCGGCGCUGCGAUCGGUGGCAUCGGUUUCCUAGGCGUCAGCUACCUAUACGGCGCGUACGCGUACCCAUACUACCACCACUACUACUACCACAACGCGACGACCGACAUGAACGAGACGAAGCCCGUGAUCUGCGUCUGCGACCCCUACGACACUUGCACAUGCGACGACAACGGCAACCAAACCUACUUCAACAGCGUCAUCGGCAACGGCUCGUACGAAGGCCUGAACCACACCCUCGUCACCAUCGCCAAGAACGACACCACCGGUAACCUGACUAUCUACAUCAACGGACAGGUGCCCAACGGCACCACCGCCGCCGGGGGUACCGAGGAUCCCAGCGCGGCGAACAGCAUGAUCGCUCUCGCGAAAGCUGCGGGCUGGUGGCCUGCUGCCACGAUGGCCUUCGCCAUUGCCUUUUUAGUAUAAUCGAUCAAAAUUCCGGCUUUAUCGGGAUAGACGGACGCAGCUCUUCCUCCGUAUCAACUUUGCUUUUCUCUACGAUGAACCGGGGUAAAAAAUGAUAUAGCCUCCUAUG